CCCAAGUCUGCUCACCUACUGUAAGAACAAGGAAACGAGACGUGGGCUUCUUACAGCGAUACAAGAAUGAAGUUAGUUGCAGUGUCUGCUCUGUGCCUGUGGGGGGUGCUGUGUCUCUGUGCCAGUGUGAAGGCCAUUGGGACUUUAGAGCUGAUGCGAGAUGCAGCAGUGGCCUGGACUGGGGUCCUGCCCUGUGGGAAGUGGGACUGUGAGUGUGCCUUCAAGAGCCAGCAGGGCUGCUGCUGUGUGGCCAAUGAGAUGAGUACGCUUGCGGACCAAACCUUCAUGCGCAUGGUGGACAUGUGGGAGCAGCUCAUCCGAUUGGACAACGACAUAGAGGAAGUCACAGGCAACAAUAAGAUUGCGUUCACCGCGGCGAUGAAAUCUAGAAGCGACUGCUUCGGGCCCUUCACCAGCAACGUGCCCAUCCGCUACUACACUAUCUCUCUCAACCAGGGCAAUGGAUACAAUGAUGCUCUGGGUACCUUCACCGCCCCCCGCGCCGGCCUCUACUCCUUCUCCUUCACGGCCUACUCCAACGUGGGUGUGGACGGCGAGCGUCUCUACCACAAGGUGCAGUUGAUAAAGAACAACGAGGUGGUGGCCUCUGUGUGGGAGGACAACCGGGAGGACAUGGAGGACAGCAGCACCCAGUCGGUGCUGGUGUCUCUUCGCCAGGGCGACCAGGUGUACGUGGAGCUGCUCUCCGGCAGGAGUCUGUGUGGCAACACCAAGGAGUUCAACAGGUUCAGCGGAUACCUGGUCUACCCCUUCACACAGGAGUAG